GACAAAAACAAAAUGGCCGAAAAUUAUAUGCGGUGUGCUUUUAUUUAUCAUUGUUUCAAGAUUAGAUUACCCUAAUUCGUUCUAUUAUUAUGAAAAAGUAUUAUAGAGCCGCUUUAUUUAUUUAACUGGAUAAUGUUAACACGUCAUAUACAAGUAUUUUUCAAAAAAGUUCCAGUAGGCAGAUUAUUUUAUACAAUGAGUGCAACAAAUAUUCAACCAUUUACCGUGUUUGUGGAAGGUAACAUCGGAAGUGGUAAAACAACUUUUCUGGAACAUUUUCGUCAAUUUGAGGACAUCACGCUUUUGACAGAACCUGUGAAAGAGUGGCGCGAUCUUAGAGGAUGGAAUCUUUUGGAUCUCAUGUACAAAGAUCCAUCACGCUGGGCGAUGACAUUCCAGUCCUAUGUGGCUUUGACAAUGUUGGACAUGCAUCGACAACCUACGGCAACCCCUGUGAAACUGAUGGAACGUUCGGUGUAUAGUGCCCGGCACUGUUUCGUUGAACACAUGAUGCGCAGUGGCGUCAUGCAUCCUGCAGAGUUUGCAGUCCUUGAUGAAUGGUUCUGUUUUAUACAGCAACAUCUACCAAUUCAAGCUGACCUCAUUGUAUAUCUGAAGACCACUCCCUCCGUAGUCUAUGAAAGAAUAAAGAAGCGGGCACGCUCGGAGGAGCAAUGUAUACCUUUGUCUUACAUAGAAGAACUACAUAAGAUACAUGAAGAUUGGCUUGUCCAUAGGAUACAUGGCAAUUGCCCUGCACCUGUACUGGUGCUGGAUGCCGAUCUAGAUCUGACCCAAAUUACAGAAGAAUACAAAAAAAGUGAGCAUCAAAUCCUCAGGAAGGCUGUUGAUGUGGUGAUGAGAUCACCGAACAAGCUAAGUCCAAAGAAACCCAUUACAAGCUCGCCAAUUAAGAUAGUUCCACAAUUAAGACUAUAACAAAGACUUAGCCUUUUUUACUAAAAGGCCACUUAAUUUAACAUGAUCAUGAUUGGGUGCAUUUUAAUUUAUUUGUUUGAGCGCUUCAUUAUGUCUAUGAAAUUUAUUUAGUAUUUUAGUUUAUAAAUCUUAAAAGAUCACAAGAUAAUUUAAAAUGUCUGAAUCUUGGAAGAUUAGAUGUUUGACAUUUUGAUUUAAACCAAAUCAUUUAAACAAAAUAAUGUAAAAUAUACCUAAAAAUGAGGAGUACAAUUUCAAACCCCGCCAAAACACUUUUCAUUAAGUAACAGUAAAACGUAAAAAAAUUUAAAAGUUUUCUAAACCAGAUCUUUAGAAAAACACAGUGACAGCUUUAUAUUGAGACUAGCAAUACUUAAGAACUUGGUUUCCUAGGAGAAUAAUUGAAAAUUACGGAAAAAUAACCAUUGCAAUUUUUGUUUUAGCAUCUUUUGUUUAGCAUCCAUUUUUUCUUGAAAAUAAACAUAAAAAAUCAACAUUACUUCUUCCCUUUGUUGACAAAAUCGCCAUACUGUUUGUUGUGUCACGUGAUGCAAACGCCGUGCUGUGAUUGGUCGAUUUGGAUUUAGCGGAAUUUGAAACGCAUUGGGAAUCUUUUAGCGGUGUUUGCAACAAACUGUUACUUUUGUAAGCUAAUUUGUUAGGAUUUUAGCGGGAUUUGAUAAUAAUUAUUAAACCAAGUAGAAAGAGUGAAUGACAGCGCUUCAUAUUCAAGCGAAACAAUGUUUUUGUUCAAAUAUCGUUUUGGCGGGUUUUGAAACUGAACUCCUCAAAUAUGUAUUUUACAUAAUUGCUUAUUUUGACCAGUGACAUUGGACUACAAUUUAAGGUAGAUCGAUCUUCUGAUGAGACUAAAUUACUCCAAAAACGACGCAUUUAAUAUUUAUGCAAUGAUUUACAAAAUCAUUAGCUAUUGCAUUGUAUUUAAUUAGUACUUAAAAUACAUUUACAUUACAGUACAUUUUUAGCAUUUCUAAUUUGACUUAAAAAUAAAGCAAAAUUAGAAUUAAGAACAAAGAUUUUUAUGAUAAAUUUUUCCUUUGAUCAAAUCUCAUU